GGAACAUCCUCAAAAUCGACGAAGCUUGUACAUGGCGGUGUUCGCUACCUUCAAAAGGCUGUGAUGGAGCUCGACUACAAGCAAUACAAGCUCGUCCGUGAGGCGCUCCACGAGCGUCGCAUCUUCCUUCAGACUGCGCCCUACUUGUCGGCCAUGCUGCCGAUCAUGUUGCCGAUCUACAAGUAUUGGCAGGUCCCGUAUUAUUGGGUAGGUUGCAAGAUGUACGAUGUCCUCGCCGGCAAGGAGAACAUGGAGUCCUCCUAUCUAAUGAGCAAGGGCAAGGCACUUGAGACUUUCCCUAUGCUCAAGCAGGACGGACUUGUCGGCGCACUGGUUUACUACGACGGACAACACAACGAUUCGCGAAUGAACAUUGCCCUCAUCAUGACGGCGGUGCAGCAGGGCGCGACCGUCGCAAACCACGUCGAGGUCACCUCGCUGGACAAGGACACUUCCUCCGGCAAGCUUCACGGCGCACGCGUCAAGGACAGGCUCACAGGUCAGGAAUGGAACGUCCGUGCCAAGGGUAUCAUAAACGCCACUGGGCCCUUCGCCGACGCGCUGCUCACGAUGGACAACCCCUCACACAAGCCGAUCGUGCAAGCGUCCUCCGGCAUCCACAUCACACUCCCGAACUACUACUCCCCGCGGACGAUGGGCCUGCUCGACCCCGCGACGAGCGACGGGCGGGUGAUCUUCUUCCUGCCGUGGCAAGGAAACACGAUUGCGGGCACGACGGACACGCCGGCGCGUGUGGAGACGGACCCCCGCGCAGCCGAGGAGGAGAUCCGGUGGGUGCUCGAGGAGGUGCGGCGGUACCUGUCGCCCGACAUCAAGGUCCGCCGCGGCGACGUGCUGAGCGCGUGGAGCGGCCUCCGCCCGCUGGUGCGCAACCCGAACGCGGCGAGCACGGAGGGCCUGGUCCGCAACCACAUGAUCCAUGUGAGCGAUAGCGGCUUGUUGACGAUCGCUGGAGGCAAGUGGACGACGUACCGCGCGAUGGCGGAGGAGACGGUCGACCACGCGGUUGAGGUCUUCAAGCUCAAGCCGAAGAAUGGAUGCGUCACGGAGAGCCUCAGGCUUGUCGGUAGCGAUGGCUGGAGCAGGAACAUGUUCAUCGGUCUUAUUCAACGGUAUGGUCUUUCUACGGACGUGGCUAAGCACCUAGCGGACAAUUAUGGUGAUCGCGCAUGGACGGUGUGUUCCUAUGCUGCACCCACCGGCGAGUCCUGGCCUCUGCACGGUGUCCUUCUGGCC